AUGCCGAAGGAGCUGAAGGACCUGAAAGAUUACCUGGUGGUGAUAAAGAGACCGGACGUAAAGUCAGUAGUUGUCUAUAAGAAGAAAGGAAAGGGAGGAGUGCUCAACACAAAGUUCAAAGUCAGAUGCUCAAGGUUCCUGUACACCUUCUCAGUCCCAAACCAAGUGAAGGCAGCCAAGGUGGAGGCGACAAUACCGAGCAGUCUGGAGAAGAAGGUGGUAACUAACAAAAAGUAA